CACAAAAAAAGUAUAUAUUUGUGUAUAUUCUGUUUAUAAGUAUGUAACUAACUUGUUUUAUUUAUUGAAAAUAAAUUAACUGUAAUGGAUGAAAUACUACUUCCAACAACAACGCUCACAACUACGACAACAACAAAUUCAAGUUCGCAAAAGCAAAGCGAACAUGAUGAAGUCGAUUUAAAGUUAUUUGACAAAGCAAUGAGUAGCAAUGAUAUGGAAAAACGCUCGCGCGAUGACGACGGUGAUGGCAAUGGCAAUAGCGAUCACUCCGGUGAUGAAGGUGUCAAUAGGGUGCGUUUCCAAGAUGAACUUGGAAUGGAUAUGAAGGAACCAAAAUUGGAAGGUGUAGAAUUAAACGAUGAUGCGCUAUCCAAGAAACAGAAAUCCAAAAAGGAGUUGGAGGAAGAGGAGCGCGAAAAGAUGCAAGUACUCGUUUCCAACUUCACCGAAGAGCAGCUCGAUCGCUAUGAAAUGUAUCGCCGUUCAGCAUUUCCCAAAGCGGCUGUGAAGCGUCUCAUGCAAACCAUAACCGGCUGCUCGGUAUCACAAAAUGUUGUAAUUGCUAUGUCCGGUAUAGCGAAGGUGUUUGUUGGCGAAAUUGUAGAAGAGGCUUUGGAUGUUAUGGAGUCGGCCGGUGAGACUGGCGCUUUGCAGCCCAAAUAUUUACGUGAAGCAGUGCGCCGUCUGCGGCAACGUGGCCGCAUGCCUAUUGGCAAAUUUCAAAAACCAUAUUUUCGCUUAAAUUAAAGGCUGUGUUUUUGCACAAAUAUGAUAAAUAGUAAAGUUAAUUUAGCAUUUUGUAAAUGUUUAGCAUGUAAGCUGAGACAUGAAGUUGUCUGUGUGUAAGUUUAUUUCUUAAAUAUUAUAGGAAAGAAAAAUGUAUUAAAGCAAAGUCAGUAAAAUGUUGACGUGUAUGCAUUUGUAAUAUAAAAA